AUGGGGCUGCUGCUCAGGAUCCUGCCGUCGGCCGUGCUGGGCUCCUUCCUCACGCUGCUCACCCAGUUCCUGCUGCUGUACCGCAGACAGCCAGAGCCGCCGCCGGACGAGGCGGCCAGCGCAGGCGACGGCUUCCGCUACACCAAGCCGGUGCCGGGCCUGCCCCUGCGGGAGUACCUCUAUGGCGGCGGCGGGGCUGAGGCGCCCUCCAGCGGGGCGCCCGAGGGCGGUGCGACCCCGGCCUCCGACCCCGCCCCGCCGACGCGGGAGACCUGCUACUUUCUCAACGCCACCAUCCUGUUCCUGUUCCGGGAGCUGCGGGACACCGCGCUGACUCGCCGCUGGGUCACCAAGAAGAUCAAGGUGGAGUUUGAGGAGCUGCUGCAGACCAAGACGGCAGGGCGCCUGCUGGAGGGGCUGAGCCUGCGGGACGUGUUCCUGGGCGAGACGGUGCCCUUCAUCAAGACCAUCCGGCUCGUGCGGCCCGUGGUAGCGUCGGCCACCGGGGAGCCCCAUGGCCCCGAGGGGGAGGCGCUGCCCGCCUCCUGCCCGGAGGAGCUGGCCUUCGAGGCCGAGGUGGAGUACAGCGGGGGCUUCCACCUGGCCAUCGACGUGGACCUGGUCUUUGGCAAGUCCGCCUACCUGUUCGUCAAACUGUCCCGAGUGGUGGGGAGGUUGCGCUUCGUCCUCACCCGCGUGCCCUUCACCCACUGGUUCUUCUCCUUCGUGGAGGACCCGCUGAUCGACUUCGAGGUGCGCUCCCAGUUUGAAGGGCGGCCCAUGCCCCAACUCACCUCCAUCAUCGUCAACCAGCUCAAGAAAAUCAUCAAGCGCAAACACACGCUGCCGAAUUACAAGAUCAGGUUCAAGCCGUUUUUUCCAUAUCAGACCUUGCAAGAAUCUGAAGAAGAUGAAGAGUAUAUCCAUAUACACCAGUGAGCACUUGCUGAAGGACGUCUUAAAGUUACGUUGUUAGAAUGUAGCAGAUUACUCAUUUUUGGAUCCUAUGAUAGAGAAGCAAAUAUUCAUUGCACACUUGAGUUGAGCAGUGGUGUUUGGGAAGAAAAACAAAGGAGUUCUAUUAAGACGGUUGAAUUAAUAAAAGGGAAUUUACAAAGCGUUGGACUUACACUUCGUCUUGUUCAGUCAACUGAUGGAUAUGCUGGGCAUGUCAUAAUUGAAACUGUGGCCCCAAACUCACCUGCUGCAAUUGCAGAUCUUCAGCGGGGAGAUCGACUCAUUGCUAUUGGAGGUGUAAAAAUUACAUCGACACUACAGGUGUUGAAGCUUAUCAAGCAGGCUGGUGACCGAGUCUUGGUGUACUAUGAAAGGCCUGUUGGCCAGAGCAAUCAAGGUACUGUUCUGCAAGAUAAUUUUGGCCAGUUGGAAGAAAACUUUUUGUCAAGCUCAUGCCAACCAAGUUAUGAAGAGGAAGCUGCAGGACUUGCAGUGGAUGCUGAAAAUAGAGACCUUGAUUCUGAAUUUGAAGAUUUGGCAAGUGAUGUCAGAGUACAAAACGAGUUCAAAGAUGAGGCACAGUCAUUAAGUCAUAGUCCCAAACGUACUCCAACAACACUUUCUAUUAAACCUCUUGGCGCUAUAUCCCCAGUUUUAAACCGUAAAUUAGUUACAGGAAGUCACCCACUACCACCAAAAAUUCCAGCCAAAGAAGGAAAUAAACCGCCAGCCCUAAAAACUUCUGAGGUACUAGACCCAGCACAAGUGUCAAAACCCACCCAAGGAUCCACUUUCAAACCACCUGUGCCACCACGACCACAAUUAAAAGUUCCUUUGCCUUCUGCUGACACCCCAAAUCAGGCUGAACCAGACAUUCUUGUUGAAAAGCCAGAGAAGGUGCUUCUUCCUCCUCCUCCUGCAGAUAAAUCUGAGAAGCAAGCAAAAAAUGUGGAUCACAUAGAAGAUGUGACUACAUCUAAGCAGUUUAUAGCAAAGCAAGAAAUGACUAAAGAUUUUACUUCAGAAGGUUCUUGCCCUACUAAAGACAGUUCGCAUGACCAUCAAAUGUGGGAGUCAUCAGAAAUUCUUUAUCGGAAUAAGCUAGGAAAGUGGACAAAAACCAGAGCAUCCUGUUUGUUUGAUAUAGAAGCCUGCCACAGAUACCUGAAUGUUGCACUGUGGUGCAGGGAUCCUUUCAAGUUGGGAGGUCUCAUCUGUUUGGGGCACAUUAGUUUAAAACUUGAAGAGGUGGCUUUAGGAUGCUUAGCUACAUCAAACAUGGAAUACCUUUCAAAAUUCAGACUGGAAGCUCCUGCACCUAAGGCCAUGGUCACUAGAACUGCUUUAAGGAAUCUGAGUAUGCAAAAGGGCUUCAAUGACAAAUUUUGCUAUGGUGACAUUACUAUUCACUUCAAAUAUUUGAAGGAAGGAGAACCAGACCACCAUGUAGUUACUAAUUUAGAGAAAGAAAAAGAACUCCAUUUGGUUGAAGAAGUUUCUAUCCUGCCUAAAGAGGAGCACUUUGUUGGACAGAUGGGUUCAUCAGAAAGUAAACAUAGUUUCCAGGAUACUCAGUUCCAAAACCCAACUUGGUGUGAUUACUGUAAAAAAAAAGUUUGGACAAAAGCAGCUUCCCAGUGUAUGUUCUGUGCUUAUGUUUGCCAUAAAAAAUGUCAAGAAAAGUGUCUAGCUGAGACUCCUCUUUGUGGAGCAACUGAGAGACGAAUAGACCGAACCUUGAAAAACCUUAGGCUAGAAGGACAGGAACCCCUCUUGGGCCUGGCUCCUCGUGUUGAUGCCGAAGCUAACAAGUCAGUUAAUAAAACGACAGGUUUGACAAGGCACAUUAUUAAUACAAGCUCUCGUUUGCUAAAUUUACGUCAAGUCUCUAAAACUCGCCUUUCUGAACCAGGAACCGAUCUCGUAGAACCUUCACCAAAACACACACCCAACACGUCAGACAAUGAAGGCAGUGACACAGAGGUCUGUGGUCCAAACAGUCCUUCCAAACGAGGAAGCAGCACAGGAAUAAAGUUAGUGAGAAAAGAAGGUGGGCUGGAUGACAGUGUUUUUAUUGCAGUUAAAGAAAUCGGCCGUGAUCUGUACAGGGGCUUGCCUACAGAGGAGAGAAUCCAGAAGCUGGAGUUUAUGCUGGAUAAACUACAGAAUGAGAUUGAUCAGGAGUUGGAACACAAUAAUUCCCUUGUUCUUUCAGCUGCUUUGGCUAAAUCGGGUGAAAGACUACAAGCUCUCACACUUCUUAUGAUCCACUAUAGGGCAGGCAUUGAAGAUAUUGAAACUUUAGAAAGUCUAUCGUUAGACCAGCACUCCAAAAAAAUAAGCAAGUACACAGAAGAUACAGAAGAAGACCUUGAUAGUGAAAUAAGCCAACUGAUAGACUCGCAGCCAUUCAGCAGUAUCUCAGAUGACCUAUUUGGUCCAUCCGAGUCUGUGUAACCAACAGGCUGUGUCAGCUUUCAAAUGACUGGGGA